AUGCCUCUCCGCGUCCGAUCACUGUCCAUCAUCUUCGUCCUGCUACUCACCAUCUACACGCUUGCCGUGCACAUCACCAACAUCGUCCACAUCUUUUCGUCGGAACCAUACUCGGGCAUCGCGCUGAGCCAGUCGGCCAUCCGGGACGCAUACAUCAACGGCACCGCAGGCGAGGCCGUGAUUCCCAAGCGGAUUCAUCAGAUAUACCAUGACUGGUCCGGCCGAGGCGUGCCGCAUACGGCGCAGUGGAUGCGACUGAGGGCGAGUUGCAUUGACCGGACUUCGGGUUGGAUACACAAGCUCUGGAGCGCAUCCGAAUCGAGAGAGUUCAUCCAGAGGGAAUAUCCCUGGUUCCUGUCCACGUAUGACAGCUACCGAUAUCCGAUACAGCGCGUUGAUGCGAUCAAGUAUUUCGCUCUAAGACAUUAUGGCGGAAUAUACAUUGAUUUUGACAACGGCUGCCUCGAAUCUCUGGAACCUCUUCGCCACUACCCCGUCUUCACUACCGACACCAACCAAGGCCCUCUGCCCACAAACCUGCUCGGCGCCGUGCCUCAACAUCCCUACUACAAAUUCUUAACCGAUAGCCUGCCCUCGCGCAACUGGCUGUACUGGCCCUUUCCUUACAUCACCAUCAACUACGCCUCCGGCCGCUGGUUCCACACAGACAUGUGGGAGCGAUAUCACCGCAAAAACGGCUACCGAAACGUCAAUCAACCGCAAGAUGCCAACGGCCCUCUGUACAGGGUCAUCAUGGACCGGCGGCGCGGCGCAGAGCCAUGGGUGUUUUGGAACGAAGGUGCCGGCCGUACAUGGGAGAAUUGGGACAAUUCGGUGUUUUCGUGGAUCAGCGACCAUGCGACGACCGUGGUGAGGAUCGCCGUUGCGGUUAGUAUGCUUCUUACGGUGUUGACUGGCGCGAUUGUGUGGAAGUGCUGUCUACGAGGCCGAAAGGAGGGCAUGAAGACCAAGGCUGGGCUGAAGACGGCGGUGUCGCUGCUCUCGCCGGAGAUGACGCAGAGUGAGCAUUCGUUUGCGAAGAAGAAUGACCUGGUCUGA